AUGCCUGCGACGAACACGAGAACCCAUCCCCCCAGCGACCCAGCGAGCACACCGGAGAGUGACCACACAGAGGGAGACCCCGGAGAAGACGAGACCCGCCAGCCAGAGCGUACCACACAGAGAGUCAAAGCUAAGAUGCAAGACUGGUCUUCCAGGGUCAGCCCUGAGCCGACAGGACCAGUGACCCGCCCCCCACCGCGCCCUUCCACCUACGUGUGUGUCCUGGAGCGUCCUGAUGGCUCCUUGAUCCAUGCCAGAACCACACUGCUUGCAGGUGUUACCUCCUCCAUCCUGGGCAGCGUAUCUUCAGCCCUCCCCCUGCCCGCUGCCUUGGCUGAGCGGGAGAGGGCCUGCCUGGAGGCUGCUGCAGGGGAAGAGGGGGAGGGUGGGUGGGAUGAGGCCGCAGGAAUGGGCGUGGGUCCUGCAAACAUUUUCGCUGGCAGGGGGACAGGCUUCUCCCAGCACGCUUCUCAGGCUCUUUUCAAACGUCAUACACCUUGUAGUCAAUGUUGGUUGCGGGGCAGCAGGGGAGAGUGCUCACUGAAGGCCAGCGGCGCCUUGGCCUGGUGCAAAGGCAGCAUGUCCCUGUCCUUCCUCUUGUCCCUCCUGAGCACAGCCUACAACGACAAACAAAUUCCAUGA